AUGAAUUCUGUGAAUUCUGUGAUUUUAGUCGGACGCACUGGUGAUGGAAAAUCAUCUCUCGCUAACAUGAUGACUCAAGGGGAUCUUUUUGAUGAUGAAAACAAAUUCCCAAUAAGCAAUAAGGCAGUGGGUGAAACUUCUGUUAUAGAAUAUUGUAUUGAUAGAGACUUUGAAGUGUACGAUACGAUAGGGUUAUGUGAAGCAAGAAAAGGAAGCACUUUACACGAGAAGGCAAUCAAAGGAAUCAGAACUUAUUUCUCAAGAGUUUCAAAACCGGUCCAUUAUAUAUGCUACGUUAAAAAGGGGACCACCAGAUUCACAAAAGAGGACAGAACCGCCUUUAAGGAAUUUAAAAAGAUCUUUAGUAAAGCAGAAAGCAACUUUGUUAUCAUUAUCACAGAUAGUAAUCAGGAAUGGGUCAAUGAAAAUGUAAAUACAAUACGUGAUUAUUUUGGAAAUUAUAAUAUCAUUGCUGUCGAUUUUCCGUUUAGGGAUCGUUAUAAUAAUGUUGCGAUGGAUGAGAGGAAUCGAAUUAUAAGGAUGAAAAAUCGGGAGCAUUUGUCUAAAUCUUUAUUAAAUUUAUGUUAUAAGGGUGUCAAAUUAAAUAUUCUCAGCCCUUCAGAGUAUAGAGAAGACAAAGUGUCAAAAAUAAUUGCCUUUGUGCCGGUCAUUGGUGCAACUUAUAAUCUAAUCUCUGCAAGUGUAUAUCAUUUCAUAUUAGACAAAGAUGCAAUUGCAGCAGACCGAUUCAAACAAGGAAUGAAUUUAGGAAUUGAAGAUUUUAAAACUAUUGCAGCUCAUUUUGGUAAUUCCUUUGUGUCUCCAACUCGAUUUUUAGGGAAAUUGUUAAAGUGA